CUCGGUGAUCGCAUCCCCGCUGCUCGUCUUCACAAGUUCUCCUCAACCCGAAACCAAGCCUUCUAUCAGUAAACAUGGAGCGUACCUUCAUCGCUGUGAAGCCCGACGGCGUCCAGAGAGGACUGUGUGGCGAGAUCAUCAAGCGCUUCGAGCAGAGAGGCUUCAGGCUGGUCGCCGCCAAGUUCAUGCAGGCCUCUGAGGACCACAUGAAGAAGCACUACCUGGACCUGAAGGACAUGCCUUUCUACGCUGGACUCUGCAAAUACAUGUCCUCUGGACCCGUCUUAGCCAUGGUGUGGGAGGGUCAGAACAUUGUGAAGCUGGUCAGGAUGAUGCUGGGUGAGACCAACCCCGCUGACUCCAAGCCCGGCAGCAUCCGUGGAGACCUGUGCAUCAACAUCGGCAGGAACAUCAUCCACGGCAGCGACACCCUGGAGAACGCCAAGACCGAGGUCGACCUGUGGUUCAAGGCCGAGGAGUUCGUCUCCUACACCCCCUGCGCCCAGCCCUGGCUCUAUGAGUAAACUGGCCAAUCAUCCACCAGUAAACUACGCCCAACUGGACCCCACCCGACCCACUGAGCCCACCCCCAUCACACCUGUCGUCCCUGCAGUCGAUCCUCUGACUUCGUCUUCACUGAAACAUGUAGCUCUUGUCAAUAAAGUUUCAUGUUAACAACAA